AUUGCAAAUGGGUUGCUUGUUGACGCAAUUUUCACUUUGUACCAAAAGGUGGUUUGCCGCGUGUAUGCAAUGAGGACCAUUACAAUUUGGAAAGAGAACAAACAUUAUUUUCACUACAGAUGACAUUUUUCUCUUGAAGGGAAUCCGUCAAUUAGAUAUCUUAGGCAUGUAGUGUGGUGAAAUCGCAAUGAUGCCGUUCGGAGAGGCACAACGCCAUGCUUUAGGUUUAGGCCUUUUGGCUUGCCUUGCUUUGAUUUCUCCACUGUGUUCUUCCGUAACACACUGGUUCGUUGAUAACGAUGGAAAGAUCAAACAGCAGGUAGAAUCAAUUUAUAAUCUUAAAAGCCCUGGAGAUUUAAUAACAUUCAUGGAGCAGGAAUCCAAGAUGAAAAAGCUUUCAAUUUUGCAAACCGAAUUGUUAUCAAAAAGAGAUGUCUUGCAACCAUCAGAACUGGAAAAAGUUGACAUUGAAAGCCAGAUGUUUAGAUCUGAUCCUGAUUGUGUCAUUAGUAAAAAAAGAUUAACAGAAUUCGACCUUUAUCUAGGUUCUGUCAUGCAUUUUCAUAAUAAGCGAAUUGAUGUGGCAGAGCAUGUAAAGCCAUAUGAAAGCACAACAGCGGACUAUAGAAAGCCACAUUGCACAACAGAUCUGCCCUUCAGUAUGAGCUCAUAUGAUCACCUAAAAGGCGUUGCUUUGAGAAACUCUAUUGAAAAUUCAACAGAGCAUGGUCUAAUUAAUAUUUUGUCAGUUGCAUUGCCAGUGCAAACGGUAGAAGAAUUUGGAGAUGUAGUUAGCAAUGCUUUGGAAAAAAAUAAAACAUCAUGGAUUUUGCUAAAUCUUGCAGGACUUUAUUGGCGAGUUACUGGACCAACUGUCAAUGCUGUUGAGUGCUUAAGAAGAGCAUUGCAUUACUCGCCAAGGGAGCACAAAGAUAUAGCACUUGUGAGUAUGGCCAAUGUUUUGCAUAGAGCAAAACAGUCACUGGAUGCUGCAAUCUUGAUGCAUGCUGCCUUGGAGACUAGCUCUGAGCUCGAUGUGGCAUAUUUCGCUCUUGGGGAUAUAUAUGCUAGCCUAGGACAGUUUGAUUUGGCGGAGUUAUGUUAUCAGUAUGUGGAGGAGCUUCAUCCUGGAUUCGAGGCUGCCAAGCAGCGUAAACAUGCUGCAUUGUGUGAGAUAAAACUGGACCGACAGCUGGAGAAACAACACGAAUUUUUGCAAAAAACAUUGGACGAUCUCGAAGAUUUUCGUCAUAAGCAUCAAAUUUUAGAAGAGCAACAAAAGGAAUUGUUUAGCCACAAGCAACAAAAUUCAAGGACGAAUGUUAACUUACAAGAUGAUGUGCAGCUGAAGAUUUUAGAAGAAGAAAAAGACAGGAAUUGACAUACCUCUACCAACAAAACCACAAAAAACUUUGACAAAAUCGUUUUUCAGAUAUUAAAGCCUCGGUACCCACGACUCUCUGGCGAUAAGUACGCAUGUGAUCAUGGUUUGGGUACAGUCAAACUAGCAUAAAUCGGAUCUCCUCGGACCAGACAAAAUAGUCUGUCUGGUGCCUGACGUAGGUGAAGUCACAUUUUCUUCGAUCCUCAUGUGGGUAUAAAUUUUCUGCUUGCCUUUGGAAAUUAUGCGACGUUUAUAAUCUGUGGUAUUUCGGACGAAAAAUACUUAUUUGGGAGUCCGAAUUACAAGUAUAAAAACAAAACAAAACUAAGCAUCGCAGAUUUGAAACCGGAAUUGGAAGUUGCAACCCGGUAGCAAGCACCACAGAGUAAAAAACUGAAUGCCGUCUACUGAAGUAAGAAAAGAAUAAAUGAAGCAUCACUUCAACAAUGUAAUAUUUGCAAGAAUGCCUCUUUAGUAUCUAAAAGUAUGUUUCUCAAGAGGACCAUUGAGAUUAAAAUAAAUAACAAUAACUUUGCGAAGAUCCGACUUAUGUGUUGCUAUUUUCUUAGGAGACAUAAAAAAAGAUCUGACGUGCGCCAAUGUCAGACUGAAAACGUCCGACGAUGAAAAUUGGUAGCAUUUAUUCCAAUAAACUCGGAGCAUGCAUUUUUAUCCAAGUCAUAAGAUCUCAAUUUAAUGCGAUUCCGUCUCACGUGAGUUUGACCAUAGUCUCAUUUUCAGACUGAAAUCAAACGUUAAUCGACUGAUAUGCUCCGCCAAAGUUUGCAUACAAUUUUAUUUCUAACAAAAGUUGUGUUUUACAAGCUAAGUUACACGAGACGAUUUGAAAAUUUUGUGUUCCAUUGAAUUUUUCGUUUAUAUCGCAAUUUAUUGUCAUGGUAUGGUCUUGGGAUGAUUUCUUAACAUAAAGAGCAGUUUUAUAUACACAGGCCAGUAGAGAAUAUCGAUAAAUCGUUGAGCAAUAUUUUUAUUGAUAUCUUUUGCCAACUAGUUUUAGAACAAUUUUUGGGACUGUCCAAUUUUAUAUAUUUUUAUCCAAUUUGAAAUCGCAUUUCGUAAUACCGGUUGGAUUAGUUGAAACGUAAUGUCCAGGAUUAUUCGUGGUAUCGUGGUAUUCUUUUUUGCAAACAUCAAGGUGAAUUAUCCCACAGCUCCUUAAAAUUAAUUUUGAAAGAUUCACUUAUUUUGAAUAGAUUAAUUUUGUGUUGAAAAGCCUUAACUAUUUAGAGUACGAAGCUAGAACUAUUAGUUUUAAAUUAUUUUCUACCAAAGGUCGUAUUUUAAGUUUUCUAUUUCGUAUUUUGCGUAGCUAUCCACUUAUGUACAUCAGUUGUCAAAACUCGAGUGUUUUGAUAAAAAUAUCUAUUUAGAUCUUAAAAUGUUAGAGUAUUUUUCCUUCACUGCCGUAAA